CGCUCACUCCCCCAACCCUAAUCCCCAUUCCUCUCCGCCCCGGCGGCCGUCGAUCGGCCGCCCGCCCGCCCGCCAUGGCCGAGCCGGAGCGGCACCUCGCCGACGAGAUCCUGGAGGAGAUCUUCAUUCGCCUGCCCACGCCGGCCGCGCUCGCCCGCGCCUCCACCGCCAGCCCCCGUUUCCGCCGCAUCAUCACCGAGCGCCCCUUCCUCCGCCGCAUCCGCGCUCUCCAUCCGCCGCCACUCCUGGGGUUCGCCGUCGACAAGCGCGCCUUCCACCACGCGCAGGAACCUCAUCCCUCCGCCCCGCUUGCCCGAGCCCUCGCCGACGGCGCGGAUUUCUCCUACUCCUUCGUUCCCGCGCCCCAGCCCCAUCAGGAGCUGCUCAGCCCCUGGUACCACCGUGACAUCCGCGACGGCCGCGUCCUCCUCGAGCGCAGCUACCUGUUCGGCGCGGGUGCAGCCUUCCCAAACCUCGCCGUGUGCGAUCCCGUGUCACGGAGGUACGUGCUGCUCCCGUCCAUACCCGAGGAAAUGGCCGUCCAGCAAGAGCGCCUUGUCGAAUUCGGGCCCAUGCUCGGUCCCGCUGCCGAGGAUGAGGAUGAGACCUCGUUCUCGGUGAUCUGCACGGCGUGCUACAAGAGCAAGUUGGUCACAUUUGUCUUCUCUUCGGUCACCGGACAAUGGUGUGUAGCUGCAUCUCCCAGCUGGAGCUCUUUGGUUACAUCCUGGUGACUGAAAUGAAGAAAUGUCUUGUUGGGUGUAGGCUCUUCUAUUUUGUAUGUCCGAAAGUGAAGAUUGACUCUCUAUGUAGGCUUGAAGGUUCAAGGUACAUUGGUGUGCUCUGAAAAUUAGUACUUAACUUGUGGUUCCUUUAAUUUGCUGGUUUCCAAGCAAGCAUGUUUAACAAGUUUACAUGUGAACUCAUCCUGCUUGCAUAUUGGUGUGUGCGCAAGUGUGCGUGAUUUUGGUUAUCUUGUGUGUUGCAUCAGGCAGUUAGGUUUCGACGCUCUUUUUGCUUAUGUUCCAUGAUGCCCCCAUUGUGCGUAUGUGUGCAUGGAAUUUCCAUCUGGUUAUGAGCUCAGUCUUUUCAGAGUUUGUUCUGAUUAAUGAAUGUUGAACCGUUUCAGUAUUUAAUGAGGCAGCUCCUGCUUGUUGAACUGCACCUGCAUAAAUAGCUGUUUCAGUGCUAUCUUACUUUCUUUGAGAUGAUCAGGACAGGCAUGGGUAAAUCAAAGCCAAAGCAACAUUAGCAUGGAUUUCGCCUCUACACAUCGCCGACUUGCCUUUACUUGUUACAUUCUGGUGACUGAAAUGAAGAAAUGUCUUGUUGGGUGUGUAGGCUCUUCUAUUUUGUAUGUUCAAGCAGGAGAUUGACUAGCAUGCACCGGUCAGCUGUGAAGUGGACUUGUAGGAAUUAGUUGCUCUAUCUGGUAACUUCCGUCUAUCAUCUGUUUCCCAUGGGCACCCGUGAACUGGCAUGAAGGCUGAACGCACAUGGACGUGCUCCGAAAAUCAGUACUUAACUUGUGUUUCCUUUAAUUUGCUGAGUUCUAAGCAAGCAUGUUUAGCAAGCUCACAUGUGAACUCAUCCUGCUUGCAUAUUGGUGUGUGCGCAAGCGUGCGCGCGCUUGGUUAUCUUGUGUGUUGCAUCAGUCAGUUAGGUUCCGCCGCUAUUUUUGCUCGUGCUCCAUGAUGCCCCAUUGUGGUUCUGAGCUCAGUCUUUCGAAAGCUUGUUCUGACUAAUGAAUGUUGAACCGCUUCAGUAUUUAGUGA